AUGGACCACCUACCUGCUGCCCUCGCAGUCGGAUUACUCCUGUUAUUUAUGGGAUAUAGAUGGCUUUUGCCCAAUCCCAUUCCAGGUAUCCCUUACAACCAUGAUGCGGCGAGGAAUCUAUUCGGUGAUCUACCUGCCUGGACCGACUACACAAAGAAAACCGGGGAGAAGUUGAGCUGGCUACCUUUGCAAGCCAGGAAGCUGAAUUCGCCUAUCAUCCAGAUAUUCGUGAACCCCUUCAACAGGCCAUGGGUCGUCAUCACGGAUUUCCGAGAGAGUCAGGAUAUUCUCCUACGCAGAACCAAGGAGUUUGAUCGGAGCGAUCUACUUGGAAACCUCUUCAAAGGCAUAGGCCCCGACCAUCAUAUUUCUAUGAAAACGACGAAUCCUCAAUUCAAAGUGCACCGGAAGUUGAUUCAACAUCUGAUGACUCCUGGCUUUUUGAAUCAGGUUGCUGCACCCCGAAUGUACGAGACUUUCACAGAACUCGUCGAUCUUUGGACCCAAAAGGCUCGAUUGGCGGAGGGUCGUCCCUUCUCUGCUUUGGAUGACUUCUACAGGGCAGCUCUAGAUGCAAUCUGGGCUGUUACAUUUCCUCUCAACCCAGAAGAAAGCAUUAUUCAUGCCGAAAAACGAUUUCUCACCGGUCGGACAAGCAGCCCUGGGAUAUUGAAGAAUGCUCUAGAUGCGCCCGUUGUCUUUCCCGAAGUCCCUGUCCCAGACGCCCCAAACUCGAUCCUCACACUGACAGAAAGCCUGGAAUCUAUCAUGCUAUCGCCUACCCCAAAGCUGGCUUUCUGGAUUCUGAGCAAGCUUCCCUACAUGCGCAAGGCAACAGCAGCGAAAGAAAACAUGAUCACUACUGAGCUUGAAAAAGCGAAGGCACGAUUUUCUUCGGACUCGGACUCGCAGGAGACUGCUAGAUGUGCCAUGGAUGAUAUUAUGCGCCGCGAGCUCGCUGCUGCGGCGAGGGAGGAUCGUGAACCUGCCUACAACACUAGAACAGUGUACGAUGAGCUAUUUGGUUUACUGGUCGCCGGCCACGAUACAACCUCCACAACAGCAACAUGGGGGCUGAAGCUGCUUUCCGACCACCCCGAGAUACAAAGGAAACUCCGACAGGCCGUUCGAGACGGAUUCUCCAGCGCAAUUACAGAGCUUCGACCGCCAACGGCAGAGGAGAUUUUCAAAGCGCGUAUCCCAUAUCUUGACGCCACCCUGGAGGAGAUUGUUCGGAAAUCAAUGACAGCACCAGGGGUUUCACGCACGGCGAUGGUCGAUACAGUCAUUCUUGGUCACCGUAUUCCCAAAGGCACAACGGUGUUCCUGAUGGGCAAUGGUCCGGAUUUCAUUGCACCUCCGAUCGGCACAAUACCAGAAGAGCUGCGUAGUAAGAGCUGCCGGGAAGCGAAUGGGAAGAUCGGAGCGUGGGAUCCAGUUGAUUCGCACUUGUUCAAACCGGAGCGGUGGAUUGUCGUGGAAGAUGGCAAAGAGUGUUUUGACUCGACGUCGGGGCCAGUGUUGACUUUUGGCUUGGGGCCGAGAGGCUGUUUUGGCAGGCGAAUGGCAUAUCUUGAGUUGAAGAUCGUUUUUGUCCUUCUCUUAUGGAACUUCGAGUUGCAGCCUGUGCCGGGAGCUCUCAGUUCGUAUCAGGCAGUGGACAAGCUCACCCAUCAACCAAGGUUUUGUUAUUUGCGACUUUUGGAGUCAUCGUUGGAGAAAGAGAUUGAUCUACUGUAA